CGAUCUUCACACAAUUAUGAUGACGACGACCAAGAGUUAGAGUUUGAAGAUGAAGAAUCAGCAAAGGCAGAGAAAUGGAAAGAACAUUACUCAUCAAGGCAAAGGAUUCUCUUUGUUGGAGAGGGUGACUUUUCAUUCUCUCUUUCUUUGGCAAAGGCUUUUGGUUCUGCCCACAACCUCGUUGCCACUUCUCUUGAUUCCUACGAUAACAUUGGGAAGAAGUACAGUAAUGGAUUGAAUAAUGUGAUGGAGCUUGAAGAAAGAGGUUGCCUUGUCCUUCACGGUGUUGAUGCAAUUUAAAUGAGUCAGCAUUUUUUUCUCAAGGCUUAGAGGUUCAAUCGCAUUGUCUAUAACUUCACUCGUGUUGGCUUUCUAUGCCCAGAGAACUAUCUCCUUGAUUGCACCUUCAUGGUUUACACCUACUCAACCAAGUGAACCCUUAGAUUUUCCUUUCAAAACAGUGAAGUUUUGGUUUUGGAACUGAUGCUUGACCUUGAUCGUCAUGUAGUUGUGCUUAACUUUGAUACAUUUAAGAUGACAAAGGAGAAUUUAGUGAUGCAUGCUUCUUGUUUGGUACCGUGGCAUGGA